AUGAGAAUAGUUGUGCCUGGAGAUUAUGUCGACGAGGGAUUCAUUGCUGGUCAUGGUACAUAUGAGCAAGAAGGAAAAAUUUAUGCCUCGUUAGCUGGCAUUGUUCAUAGAAUCGAUAAAGUUAUCUGUGUAAAGCCAUUGAAAACAAGUUUUAAGCCUGAUAUUGGAGAUGUAAUUAUAGGUAGAAUAGUAGCAGUGGAGAAUAAGAGAUGGACUGUAGAUAUCAAUUCAUAUCAGCAUGGAGUGCUCAAUCUGACUAAUAUCAAUCUACCAGGUGGAUUGUAGAGAAGAAGAUCUGAAGAAGAUAAAAUGUAGAUGAGAAAUUACUUCAAGGAAAAUGAUAUCAUAAGUGGGGAAGUUUAGAGCAUAAAUACUCAUGAUGGCAAAAUUAAUAUGCAGACAAGAAAUCUAAAGUAUGGUAAAUUGAUCAACGGAUUUCUCAUAAAAGUAGAUCAUAACUAUAUUAGAAGAAUGAAAAGUCACAUUCUUGAGUUCUUCUAAGAGGACUGGCAACCCAUUGCCUGUAUUAUUGGAACAAAUGGGUAUAUUUGGAUAUAUACACCAGAUAAACUUACUUAGAAUACUUAGUAAUCAGAAGUUAAGGUGAUAUCUAAAGAAACAAGAGUAAAGAUGGCUGUGCUUAGAAACUCAAUCAUUAUAUUGGAAAAGGUAUAGUUACCAAUCUUCAAGGAUACUAUUCAAAAAGUUCUAGACUCAUAAAGACAGAAUGCUAUUGAGGCCAAGGAUAUGCUAAAAAGCUAUGAAAUACUUGGAAAGGAAGCAAAGUAUUUGAUUGAAUCUGAAAUUAACUUGAAGAAGCCUGUAAAUCUUCAAUUAAUCUAGACUGAUAUAAAUAAUCAAGAUUUCAUAAUGAAUUGA